GCUUCGGAUGCGCCAAACCCAGUUUCCAACGGGCUAGUGGCGCAAUGGAUAACGCGUCUGACUACGGAUCAGAAGAUUCUAGUGGUUGAGUUUCACUUUACUCGUCGAGCGAAGUGGCAACAAAGAAAACAUCAUGAACAACUCCACUCCCGCCUUCUCCCAGGUGGCGUUCAGGGACGUCCCGCACUCGUACCUGCCAGCAACCUCCAUUAGCUGCUGCUACACUCUGGCUGCUCACUUUCUGCCCAGACCACGUGAUUGGGUGGGCAUCUUUAAGGUGGGGUGGAGCACAACCAAGGACUAUCACACCUUUGUAUGGGUGGAGUCUUGCGGGAACUCUAGCCAAGAACAGUCAUCGAUUAGAUAUGCCUAUUUUAAGGAUUACUACCUGCCAAAGGACGAAUUGGACUUUUACCAGUUCUGCUACGUGGACAGCUCAGGUCAAGUUUGCGGUGCAAGCACACCGUUUUGCUUCAAAGCGCCAGACAACGAAGACGGGCAAAGUGCAGCAAACGGCUGUGACAACGACCUGCUGUACAUUACUACACAGGAACAAGUGGAGGAAAGUGAUCGAGAGAAAGCAACGCUGAGGGAGGAGGUGUCUCGCAUCCGACAGCAAAAUGAAGAGUUGGAAAAAAACUUGCUGGAAGAGAGACGUGAAAUUGGUUUCUUGAAGGAAAAACAAGAUGAACUCGUGUCAGAACUUCGUCAGAUGAAGGAGAAGAACGAGAGUCUUCUGCGCACUAUGCAGGAGCAACAAGAAGAAAUCCAGCGCUUGAAAGAAGAGAUGUUGAUCCACAUGACCAAUCAGGUGGAACUCCAGGAACAGAAUCUUGCUGAGAGCACACCGUCUAUCCCAAAUUCAAGCGAUGAGAACGGACUACUCCUACCUUCUGAGCUGCAACUUAGGGAAGCUCACUUUGUGAUCGCCAACAAAGAUGCCAUCAUCGAGGAGAAUAAGAACUAUACAUCUAUGCUGAAACGCCACAAUGAGGAGCUUGUUCACGAGAACCAAGAGCUCUCAUAUAAGAUUGAGGAGCUAUGCCAAACUUUGCAUGACUUUGAAACAUCUACGGCCACCCACCCAGAGCACCAAGAGGCCACUGCGACACACAACAGUGGCACAACCCAGCCGGACACACUAGUAGAGACACAUGACUCGUCGUAUGACAGCACAGUGAACAUUGAAGAAGAAGAGGAUGAUCAGCCGGUACUUAUGUGCUGCUACUGCCUUGAGCGCUUCCCGGGAAGUACGCGGGCGGAGGUGGAACAUCACGAGCGCAAUCACCAAGUGUGUCCCUUCUGCACGCUCAUCUGCGACGACAUGGAGCAGCCCAUCUUCGAAGACCAUGUCUACAGUCACGAGAUGUGACAGUGUAAAAAAAACAAAAAAAAACGCAAGUGCCCUUAAUGAGCGGUUUAAAUGUCAAAAAGAGAGGCUGGUUCAUUUUAAGCCAGUAUUCCUUAUACUUGCAAAUUAGCUAUCUGCAAACAAUUUCACUUUUCCCCAGAGGUUUUGACAUUAAUGGUUAUUUUUGGAAGCGGCUGUAAAUUUACAAUUACACAAGCCACUGAUUACUUCACAUGGUAGCGAAGCGUCCUUAUGUGAAAAUGUUUCCCAAAAAUGUGAGUGGUGUAUAUAUUUUUGUGAUAUACUGUCCUAGAAUGUAGAAAGUAAGGACUCGGUACAGUAUGAAGGCUUACUAAGUGUAUGUCACCUCACACAAAUUGUUAUUUUCCCCAAUAAAUGGCAUACAGCAGCUGGGCUUGGUGAAGACUUCAAGAAAUCACACUCACAAGUCAAGUCUUAGUUUUAUUGAUACAAGGUAUCAUGUCAAAAUUUUGGAAUUAAGAAAAAAGGCUCAACUGUUCUUAAUGAAGUUGACAUUUAUAUAAAGACAAUAAAGUGUUCCACUAUUGGAGUGUGAUUAAGCUUUUUUGUUGAAAAUGUGGUUUUACAGUAUACAAGCAGAGAGACGCAGUAAUAUGUGCAAGAAGAGGCAAAGGUUUCCAGCUAAACGCCAUUAUUAGCUAUUGUUCCAGUUGAGGAGAGAAUGUAUGCCUGUGACUGUGUAUUCCAUUUCAUGUGCUAAGUAAAUGUUUGUGGAAGUUUUACAAUUAUAACAUUAAUGCUUCUGGUAGGCCACUUAUGGUGUUUCACAAUGUUUGCAAUAAACUAGCCAUCUUUUAUUAGUCAAAGUCACAUGGUUGGUUUAAAUAUUGAGUGUUUAAAUAAGACAGAGACCAAAUAUUUUUUUUGUAUCUGGUCUCUUUCUAGACCAUAUAACAUAUUUUGGGUGUUCGCACUUGAUUGCAUAUUUUCACUACUAGCAGAUAUGUCUGAAACAGACAUGUUUUGUUCAGUCACAAUUGUCCUUAAACCAAAACACGCCACCUGGCGAUGGCACAAUCUGGACUAAGGUCUCCCCGUCCAAGUUCAGGUCACGGGCUCAUCUGAUUGGCCUCCUCAGGUGUGACGUCCCGGGACGUGAGCUCGGAGAAGAGGGCGGGAAGCCAGUACUGCGGCUCGCCUGACGCCUGAGAGUCCAGCCAUGCCAGGCCCUCUUUCAGCAGGUGGUCCUGACAAUGACAAUACACAUUUAUCAUCUUAAUUUUAGCCUUUUUCUGGCUUGAACGUUAUUUAAUAAACUCACCAGGACGUGACUUGCUCUUUCCUUUUCCCACUUGAGACUGUCCUUUAUUUCGCUCACUGUUACGUAGCCCUUCUUCUACAAAUCAAUGAGUCAGAAAUGUUUUUUUCCCUUUAAAGGGAACCUUGGACUUAAAGACUUGUAGGCUCUAAUAAGUCUUGUAGUGCAUUUAGCUGGUGUAACACAUUUUGCCAGAUUACAGUUUUUUUUUCAUCCCGUUUUUCCUGUUAAUUUUGCUUUUGCUGCUCGUUUUGUGAAAUAUAGAGGUGCACGAUAAUUAUCGGUCCAAUAAU